UUGUAAUGAUGAGAUGAGUUGAAGUGAGUUUUCAAUCUAAACCAGGGCUUAAUAUUGAGUUACCAAAUAGCUCAUUAUAACGCAUCAGUUUAAAAAUUAACAUUUUAUUAGAAUGUUGAAAUGUUGCUUUGAUUUGUAAAUGUCGUUGGGUGUUCAAAUAGGUGCAAAUCGGGUCCCAUUCAUUUAGUUAUGAUUAUGUUUAUGGCGGCAUGGGCUCGCCUUGUUCUGCUCUCUAUGAUGAUUGUGUUGCUCCUCUUGUUGAUGCGCUAUUCCAUGGAUACAAUGCCACAGUUCUUACAUAUGGCCAGACGGGGUCUGGGAAAAUGUACACGAUGGGGACUAAAUAUACAGGGGGAGAAAGUAAUGGUGGAAUUAUACCUAAAGCAAUGGAAAGUAUAUUCCGAAGGGUUGAGGUGAUGAAAGAUUCCGCGAAAUUUUUUAGCAAAGUAUCAUUCAUUGAGAUACUCGAGGACAAAGUGUUUGAUUUGCUUGAUCCAAAUUCAUCGGUCUUCUCUAAAGCUGAAGGGGCAUCUUUUGCAAAGCCCACAAUGCACGCAAGAGUUCCCAUACAAAUAAGAGAAACGGUGAAUGAAGGAAUAACACUUGUUGGUGUGACGAAGGCAGAAGUUAUGACAAAAGAAGAGAUGGCGACACAUCUAUCUCGAGGUUCUCAUUCUUGUGCCACUAAGAGUACAAAUAUGAAUAGUCAGUCAAGUUAGUCGCAUGCUAUCUUUACAAUUACAAUGGAACAAAACAAAAUUUCUCACUGCCUGGCUGGAGCAAUAAAUGAUGACCUUGGUGAUGAUCUCUUACAUGCAAAACUACAUUUAGUCGAUCUUGCUAGUUUUAUACGUGCAAAAAG